GAUGAAGCAGGAAUCCCAGGCAUACUGGUUGGAGUUUCUGUAGAUGGAAAGGAAGUCUGGUCAGAAGGUUUGGGUUAUGCUGACGUAGAGAAUCGUGUCGUAUGUAAGCCAGAAACUAUCAUGCGAAUUGCUAGUAUUAGCAAGUGUCUUACGAUGAUGGCUGUUGCUAAACUGUGGGAAGAGGGGAAACUGGAUUUAGAUGCUCCAGUGCAGAAAUAUGUCCCUGAAUUUCCCGAAAAAGUCUACGAGGGUGAAAAGGUCGCUAUUACUACGAGACUGUUAGUUUCACACUUGAGUGGGAUUCGUCACUAUGAAAAAGAUAUUGCAAAAGUAAAGGAGGAGAAGGAAAAGGCAAACAGAGCAAGUAAACUAACAAAACCCUGUCAAGAUAAAGAACAAAAAGAGAAAGAAGGCAAAGAGAUUGAAAAGACCGAUUCUGUCAAACCGAGGAAAGAACAUGAAGGUGAGGUGAAAAGCCGAAAUUCAAAGCCUGGCAGAAGAGACAAGGAAUUUGAGCAAGAAGAGUAUUAUUUGAAGGAAAAAUUUGAAAGCGUGAUAGAAUCACUGAAAAUAUUCAAAAAUGAUCCUUUAUUCUUUAAACCAGGUAGUCAGUUCUUGUAUUCAACAUACGGCUUUACUCUCUUAAGCGCUGUUGUGGAGAGAGUUUCAGGACAAAAAUUUACAGAUUAUAUGCUAAAAAUGUUUCGUGAUUUGGAUAUGCUAUCAACUGUACUAGAUGACAAUGAAGCAAUGAUAUAUAACAGAGCAAGGUGCUAUGUUUACAACAAAAAGGGACGGCUGGUAAACGCACCGUACGUGGACAACUCUUACAAGUGGGCUGGUGGUGGCUUUCUGUCGUCAGUAGGGGACCUUCUGAAAUUUGGAAAUGCCUUGUUAUACAGCUAUCAAGCCGGCCAGUUUAAAAAGACUGAUGGCAAACUUCUUCCUGGGUACCUCAAACCAGACACAGUCGCCAUGAUGUGGACCCCAGUGCCAAAAACAGAAGUAUCGUGGGACAGGGACGGUAAAUACGCAAUGGCUUGGGCUGUAGUAGAGAAAAAACAAGAAUGUGGCUGCUGCAGACAGCAGAGACACUAUGCGUCGCAUACGGGUGGUGCAGUGGGCGCUAGUAGUGUCCUCCUGAUUCUUCCUGAAGAGCUGGACUCGGAAGCUCUAGAUACUGGGCUGGUGGCACCACCUAGAGGAGUAGUUGUUAGUAUUAUCUGUAACAUGCAAUCGGUUUCACUCAACAGCACUGCCUUAAAGAUUGCAAGGGAAUUUGAUAAAGAAAAAUGGGCCCAAUAUAUAGAUUAAAAAGAGAGA